UCAGCCUCAUUCCAGGCCAGUCCAGGACGGCAGCAGCAGGCAGGAAGGAAAGGGAAGAACCAAUCAACCGAUUCCCCCUCCCCACUCCACCCCGCGCCGCAGCGAGAGCGAACUGGUGCCUUCCACUGCCGGCCGCGUCGCCGUCGUCCCCUCCCUCCCUCCCUCCCGCUGCGCUCCCCUCCAAGACCGUGAACAUGUCCGAUAGUGCAUUGCAAGAUCUCAACGCUGCUCAAUCAGUUUUGCUAGGGAAAAGCAAAGGCAGUUCUGUGGAACCCUGCAGUUCUAAGCCUGUGUUAAACGGGAACAAGUGUGUCAAGAAGGAAGGAAAUGCUGUACCGGCAUGUCCUGAUGUGACCAAUGGAUGCGAGGCUGGAGUUGUAGAUAUUGAAUAUAUUGAUUCUGAGAAUCUCACAGAUCUUCCUGAUGUUGACACAAGCCUUAGUACUUUGCUUGCAAGGCUGGAUUCAAAGGAUUGGGUCAAGACAUGUGAAGCUCUUAAUAAUGUUCGUCAGUUGGCAAUAUAUCACAAGCAAAGGUUGCAGGAGCUGCUGGAGCCUCUAGUUCCUCUUAUUGUGAAAUCUGUUAAGAAUCCAAGGAGUGCUCUAUGUAAAACUGCACUUAUGACCUGCUCUGACAUCUUUAAGGCAUAUGGUGAACAAAUGGUCGACUUGAUUGAUCUGCUGCUAAUGCCGCUGUUUCUGAAAUCUUCACAAGACAAGCGCUUUGUUUGUGAAGCUGCUGAGGCAGCCCUUAUAUCAAUGACAAGCUGGAUCUCCCCUUCUGUAUUGUUGCCAAAAAUGCAGCCCUACCUCAAGAACAGGAAUCCACGUAUUCGCGCAAAAGCAUCUGUUUGUUUCAGUAAGAGUGUACCACGCCUUGGUCUGGAGGGAAUCAAAGAAUAUGGUAUGGACAAGCUCAUUCAGGUCGCAGCAACCCAGCUGAGCGACCAGCUUCCUGAAUCAAGGGAGGCUGCGCGCAACCUGUCAUUGGAGCUACAAGCAUUAUAUGAGAAGACUCAAGCCUCUGGUUCAGGCGAAGAUGACAGUGCAUCUGCUAUUUCACUGGAAGCCGAAACCUGGGAGGCUUUCUGCCUAUCUAAGCUUUCUGCAUUAAACGCACAAGCAAUCCUCCGUGUCACUGUGGGUGUCCCCGUUGCUCCCAAAGAAGGUGGCAUCGCUGCUGCCCUGAAAGAAGGUGGUGUCCCUGCUGCCCUGAAAGAAGGUGGCAUCUCUGUUGUUGUUGCUCCCAAAGAAGGUGGCGUCCCAGUUGCUACAAAAGAAGGUGCUGCGGCCAUGGGCUGCUAGCGUUGGGAGUUGGCCGACACAUGCGAUGUUGCGAUUUUUCCACAUCCGAUUCACGUUUUUGCUGUACAUGGUUUAUGGGUUGCUCAGUCGGUAAAUCGAAUCUCCUUUGGCUGCAGUUCUUCAGGCUUGAGGCCUGGGGUGGGUGUUAAUAUUGGUGCGAGAUAUAGUCCCUUAUAGUUGACUGUAUAAUCCUUUGGUUCCAUCACUACUUAUCAGUUUGGCAUUGAUUGGUCAGUCAGGGAAUGUAGAAUCUCUUCCACCGUUCAACAUUUGCUGGAGUACUACAGCCCCUUCAUUUCGUUA